AUGUCUAGCCAGGAACCCCAGUCUAUAGAGCUACAGGUCACACGGACGUCAAGCACUGACGGAGGGCUGACAGCAGCUGAGGACAGGACAGGCGACAACAGAGAGCAUCAACAAGACGAGAAUGCAGAAGAAAACACGAGUUGUGGACAGCGCUAUUUUGCAAAUCCGCUCCACCGGGCAAUGUGUAUCGGUGUAGUUGUCAUCCUUGCUAUCCUGGUAGCUGUGACCGUAACAGGAUCCGUGAUCAUCUUCACCAGUAGUCCUGUCUCCAGCGGUGGGCAACAACAACAACAGGAGACCACAACCUUCCCGCAUGUGCCAAGUCUGACGACCAUCUCUGUGACGUAUAAAUCAGAUGCAAGGGAAACGCCCCGCACUUUGGGAGCGACGACAGGACUUUCUGUCACUAGUGCCUCAACAACUGUUCAACUUUUGAAUAACGAGACUCACAUGACUGCACCAACAGCACGUACAACAGUUGAAGGGAUAAAUCAGGAACCAGGAGAGAUAGAGAAAAUCACCUUCGGAGGAAUAGGCGACGAACCAGGGAAGUUUCUUCGACCUCAUGGUGUUUUCGUCUCAGAACAUAACGACAUAUACGUAGCAGACUCGGGCAACAGACGGGUGCAAGUCCACGACAUGUCCGGGACUCACCUCCACCUGUUCCCGACUGUUGUGCCGCGAACCCACGGUAAGAAGAUGAUGCCCUAUGAUGUAGCUAUUGACGGAGACAAUAUGAUAUGGGUCCUCGGAAAAACUCGCUCAUUUGGUGAAUAUCUCAUUCAGUACACAACGGGGGGUCACCCGAUGCUGAAGUUGUUAGUGGGGUUUCAUACCAACCUCGGGAUAGCCAUCAACUACCAGAGGAAACUCAUCAUUGUGACUGAAAUCCUUGAAGGCAGCGGUCAAGUAAAAAUUCUCCGGCCAGACGGUUCGCUUGUGACCAGGUUUGGGGAACAACAGAAGAUGGUGAACCCGGGGUCGGUCACCGUCAACAGGGAAGGGAACAUCUUUGUGUCAGACUACGGUACGGACCACGUCUACAGCUUCAACGGGCAAGGAAACUUCCUUUUCAAGUUCAAUGCCAACAUGCCAGCCGAAUUACAUGGCAUCUGUACGGACAUUUCGGACCACAUCGUCGUAACGGGCACUGGAAAUAUCGCGGCAAUAAUUUUCACGAGCAGCGGUCGGUAUCUCCGUCAUGUUGCGUCUACUAAUAGACGGUAUGAAGGUGUAGCCGUGGGACCACAUGGACAGUUGGUCAUCACUUCCCCCUCCAUUCACAGUGUUAUCAUCUUUCCACGGUACUAACUCUAGCACCAUGUCCAUCACUGACGAACUGUAUGAUGUAUGCUCACCAAUACAGCCAUGCAGAUGUUGUUGAACAAUGAAAUACGUGUACGUGGUCCUUAACUUGAAGUGACUACACUGUAUUUGAGAAGGGAGGCGAACGUAUGUCACAUUUCCGAUCAAAUGCCAUCCUCAUUAUAUUACAUAGCUAACAUUUCCUUAAAUUGAGAGUCAUUCAUUCAUUUCAACCCUUAUAGACAAUCGGGAUGC